UGGUGUACACAGUGGGAAGUAGGUUGUGUUUUGCGUCUCUUGCUGUGUAAAACCUUCUUCAUGGUGUUUUUUUUUAAUUCUUAACAACAUCACAAACUAGUUUCCAUUAAAACAAGGCGAUCUAUACUGUUUGAGGAUGCCUGAGAGAGACAGUGAGCAGUAUUCAAACCCUCUGGCUCCAGAUAACCAUGAGGUGGAGGACCAUCUGUCAGCCCUUCAGUCCAAGCUGACCAAUGAGGAUUUCCGAAAAUUGUUGAUGACCCCACGGGCAACACCAUCAUCAGCCCCACCUUCCAAGUCCCGCCAUCAUGAAAUGCCAAGGGAGUACAAUGAAGAUGAGGACCCAGCUGCCCGGAGGAGGAAGAAGAAAAGUUACUAUGCCAAGCUGCGGCAGCAGGAACUGGAGCGUGAACGUGAACUGGCGGAGAAGUACAGAGACAGAGCACGGGAGAGAAGAGACGGUGUGAACAAGGAUUAUGAGGAGACAGAACUCAUCAGCACCACUGCCAACUACAGAGCUGUGGGCCCCACGGCUGAGGCAGACAAGUCAGCAGCAGAAAAGAGAAGACAGCUGAUCCAAGAGUCCAAGUUCUUGGGUGGUGACAUGGAGCACACUCACUUGGUGAAAGGGUUGGAUUUUGCCCUGCUGCAAAAGGUACGUGCUGAGAUCACCAGUAAGGAGAGGGAGGAGGAAGAUAUAAUGGAAAAGGUGCAAAAGGAAGUCAAGAAAGACGAAGACCCAGAACAGAAAAUUGAAUUUAAGACCCGUCUUGGGAGGCACAUCUAUCGCAUUGUGUUCAAGAGCAGGCAGUAUGAGAGGAAUGAGCUCUUCCUGCCUGGCAGGAUGGCCUAUGUGGUAGAUCUGGAAGAUGAAUACGCUGACACUGAUAUUCCUACAACACUGAUCCGGAGCAAAGCUGACUGUCCCACCAUGGAGGCCCAGACAACUCUGACAACAAACGACAUCGUGAUCAGCAAACUGACUCAGAUCCUGUCCUACUUGCGACAGGGAACACGCAACAAGAAGAUGAAAAAGAAGGAAAAAGGAAAACUUGAUGAAAAGAAACCCCCUGAGGCUGAUUUGGGUAUCUUUGAUGACAUUGGAGAUUACGUGCCAUCAACAUCGAAGGCCAUUCGGGAGAAGGAGAAAGAGCGAUACCGGGAGAAGGAACGAGAGAGAGAGAAGGAGCGAGAGAGGGACAGGGAACGAGAACGUGAAAGAGAGAAGGAGCGGGAGAAAGAAAGGGAAAGGGACAGGGAGGAGGAGAAGAGGAGGCAUAGCUACUUUGAGAAACCCAGGGUGGAUGAUGAGGUUUUGGACAUAGAAAAAGGUCCUGGGUCUACGAAGGAUCUGAUCAAAUCCAUAAACGACAAGUUUUCUGGAGCAGCUGCUUGGCCAGAAUCUGCAGGGACCAAGCGUGAGGAGAAGAAGCACCUGGGGGAUUUCUUUGGCAUGUCUAACAGUUAUGCUGAGUGCUAUCCAGCAACAAUGGAUGACCUGGCUGUGGACAGUGAUGACGAGGUUGAUUACAGCAAAAUGGAUCAGGGUAACAAGAAGGGUCCUUUGGGACGCUGGGACUUUGACACGCAGGAGGAGUACAGUGAUUACAUGAAUAACAAGGAGGCUCUGCCCAAAGCUGCCUUCCAGUACGGCAUCAAAAUGUCAGAGGGGCGUAAAACCCGUCGUUUUAAGGAGACUAAUGAGAAGGCUGAGCUGGAUCGGCAGUGGAAGAAGAUCAGUGCAAUUAUUGAGAAGAGGAAGAAAAUGGAUUCAGAUGGAGUUCAAGUGAAGAGACCAAAAUACUGAAGAUCCCCCAUCUCUGUUAACAUCUUUAUUUUCAUAAGUGUUAUUUGAGCAGAAAAAGCUUGUAGUGCUUUAUAUUCAAAAUGUGUAGCUUUUUCAUCAACAUGUGAAAUAAAUUUUUAUGUAGACUGAUGCUAUUUUACAUUUAAUUUACUGUGGAUACAUGCAAUUUCCUUAAUUUGUUUUAUUUGAUCCUGUAUUAGAAAAAAAAUAGCAGAAUAAAUGUUACUGUACCAAAUCUG